AUGGCAUUUGCAAAGGAAGAUAACUCAAUCUAGAUUUCUCAAAUUGAAAGUAACAGUUUAGGGGAGCUGUUAAUAGGAGGAUCAAUAACAGACCUUGUAAAUGCUAAUAAAUAAGCAGUAGUGGGCUAUUAUUACAAUAGAAACAACUAUAGCAGACUCAAAUGGUUUAGAUAAUAUGAAUUUUCUCCAAGCUCCAAUUUCGAUGCGAUAGAUGUGUAAGCCUUAGCUUUCAGAGAUCGAGACAUGAGAGUGAUGUUCAGAACAAACUAAGAUAAGUCAGUUAUUGCGAAAAUUGAAACACUAAAUGGACGUUUGGCUUACUAGUUCAUUGUAGUAAAUUACAGGCAAUCAAGUUUGCAUAGCCAGAUGUUAAUAGCACCAGAUGGCUCUAUUUAUGGUGUCUUUGAUUAAUACGAUACAUUCUAAGAGGGUAUUUUGUUCAAAUUCUAAAGUAUAAAAUACGAUGAAAGCUCAGAUAAAAUAAUCACUGGGGGCAGCUAAUGGAAUAACGGCUAACCGUUUGCUUUUCAUAUGCAUAUAAUUAAUCAGGACUCAUCUUUAUUCUUUUACCAAUACUACGCUGAUACUUCAUCACCAUUUGAAAGUGAAAGUUCCAAAUAUUAUAAUGCUUAAUUUUCAAUAUUUGAGUACAGUCAUGGUGAUUAAUUUAUGUUUGGCUGUUAUCAAAAAAAUAUUGAAAAUGAGCAGAAGCUUCUUGGUAUAGUAGUAUAAUCUAUAGGUGAUAAGACUUAAAUGUUCAAUUAUGAAUUCUUUUUUGACUAACCUGUAUUUUGCGAAGGUUUGAGAUAUUAAGAUAAUGCACUUCAAAUAUAAGCUCUUACAUAAUUAUAAGGGCUACAAAAAGUUCUUAUGAUAAAAUUGAAAUACAUUAUUGAACAGACUUAUGAAAUUGAUGAUAAUGUUGAAAUAAUUGAAAUAGUCAAAAGUACAUAAUCAAGUUAAACGAUGGAUAUUACUAGAUAAAGACUAUUAUUGACUGGAACAGUAAACUUCUUCAUCGGUAGAGAUAUUAGUAAUAACCUUGCAGCUAUAUUUUCAGAUUCUGCAAAAUCACUUUAUACUGAAUUAAAUUACUUCAAAAUUAUUAAGAAAAGUCCUCUUAACUCUCCAGAUAAGCCUGGGGAAGUUUCUGGUAUCUAUUAAGUACCGGAUUUAAGGAAUACUUAAUUGAAGUUUGACGAUAAUAAAAUUAGUUGUACAAUAAGUGGCAAGCUAGAAUUGAUAGAAACGCCAGGAGUUGAUGCUGGUAAAACAAUCAUCUGCUAUGAAGAAAAUCUAUAAUCUUGUAAAUUUGACUAUUCAACUUAUGUAUUUGAUGAGUGUGAUGAGCCUAUUCUUAUUACGACAAAAGUUUAAGACAGCUCAUACUCUAAUUUAUUUACAUCAAAUAACCUUGAGGCCUCAAAUAAAUAAGAAGUUCUCCUAGACUCUUCAUUGAUUACUAAUAAUCCUUUAAGAAUUAUUAAAAAUGACCCUUCCUAGUAUACAAGAGUUUAUGCUACAGCUACUUUUGAUGAUUUUGAGUAUACUGAAAAUUUUAAAAUUGAGAUGAAUAUUGGCUAUUAAUAGUGCCUCCCCUAAAUAUCAUUAGUCAAUGCACCAAUGAUGACAAAUAAAAUUUAUGAGUAUUUUAUAAAAGACUUACCCCUAUCAGUAUAACUUCCAAUUAUUACAUAUACACCUAGCGCUUGUGGACAGAUUCACUAUCACUUUUCAAUAGAAGGCUAUACAGAUUUUCCAUCUAUCUUUAGUUAUGAUUAAGAUAGCAGUUAAAUUAGUGUUGUAUCUAAUGAUCUGAAUGACGUUGGAGAAUAUGAGUUUCUAGCGAGUGCCUCAGUAUAACUUAAUGACGAUGUUUUUAGUCCUUAGUUGAGCUAGUACACAUUUAGAAUCAGUGUGAAGGAAAAAGUACUGCAAAGGAGUUAGACGUAUGUGAACUAUCCUCCUAAAUUAACAGGUUUACCUUAAGAUUAAAUUAUUAACUGCGGUCAAUAGUCCCAAUAUUAACUACCCUAAAUUUUUGAUUUAGAAGAUGAGGGAGAUUAUAUCGUUAAAAUUGUAGUUUAAGAAAAGGAAAAUGUGAAGUAAUAAAACUCUUACUCAUUUAAUCUGAAAGUUCUAGCUGUUUUCUAGGUCAAUUUAAAUUCAAGUUCAUAUUUUGAGAAUGGAUAAAACUUGUCUGUUAAAUAGCCAUUACAAUCAAAUUUGAGUGGAUAAGUAAAAGCCAGAAUAUAAAAAAUAACACAAGCUGGCAUUGUUCACAUAGUAUUUGAUAAAUCAAUGAAGAUUCCAAUAACAUAUGAACUAGUUCUUAAUGAAACUUUCAAGAUUGAGGUAAUCAAUGAACGAUAUGCAUAUAAAGUCAACUAUACUAUUCGAGAAUAUAAAGAUAACCAACUUAUGCUAUAAAUGAAAUUCAGUUAAUCAAUGAGGAAAUCGAUCUCAAUUCAUGAUACUGAUAACUUAAGACUAACAUUCGUUAAAAAUGAGUUCUACUUAUCUUCUAACGAGAGGUUUAUAGUCACAAGAAAUUAUUAAUUGAUAGGAUAUAUUCCUCCAUAAAUUGAUCCAGUUUUAAUUCCCAGCAAUACUUUGUCUUUCUUUGCAUUCAUGAACGACAUAUCAAGUCUCAAUCUAAUCCCAAUAGAUGAUUUCAAUCAGAAAUACUUAGAAAUAGAUCUUUAUGAUGAUUAAGCUUUUAACCAGUAUUUUGAUUUCAUGAAUUAUUCAUCGAGUAACACAAUCAUUAACCUUGGACUACUUUUCUAUUUCUUUAUGAGUCAACUAGGAAUGGUAGCACUGGCACUAAUGAUUAAACUUUUUAAUUUACACAAGAAAUAGAGAAUAUUAAAGAAGAUACACGAUGAAUCUAUCUUCAACGCACCUUUAAGAUUUAUGUAUUCAACCUAUUUAGAGUUAUUUUUCUGCUCUAUUUCCAACUUAUACUAUUUUAAAAUUGCUUUACUAGGUGAGAAACUUUCUUCAACUUUGUCUUUUAUAUUCAUUUCCAUGCUAUUUGCCUUUCCAAUUCUAAGCUUCUACUUAGUUUUCAGGAUUCAUGAAGAGCAAAGAGAAAACAAGUUCACCAAUUUACUCUCAAAUUCUCUAAGAAAAUUUGUAGGGUAAUUUACUAAAACAUGUGGAGGUCUAUACAUCGAGGGAAUUAAAGAUGAUAAUCUGAUUCAAAAACUUUAUGUUCCUUUAUUGGUAUUGAGAAAAGUGUGCGUAUGUUUGAUAAUGGUAUUCAUACAAAACUCUUAAAAUAUUUAGCUAAUGUCCUUGAUUUUUUUCAACUCCUUGAUUUUGUUCUUUAUUAUACUAGUUAAGCCACUUAACGAUCCUAAAUAAGUGAAAAUAACUAUAAUGAACGAGUUGAUGUACACAAUAAUAUGCUAUUCAUUUCUACCAUUUAUGGACAAUAAUUACUUUCUUGAUGCUGAUCUUCGAGAGAGAUUGGGAUUUAUCCCAAUAGGUCUGACACUUCUAUAUAUGAUUUUAAACCUUUCAUUUAUUCUUAAAGAGAACAUUAAUAAACUGAGAGAGUAGUGUACCAAAAAUAAAUCAAAAAGGCAAAGGAAGUUUAAGACUGAGUUUCAAGAAUAUAAAGUUUCAAGCAAUGAAGCUAUUAACAAAACUAUGUUAAGCAGUAUAGAUCUUUCAGAUUGCUAAGAAACAAUACUUUUUAAACGUUCUACUAAUCAUAUAAGAAAUAUUGAAUCUCGACGGAUGAAUAAAAGACCAACAAUUUCAAAGCAAAUAUUUGAAGUUGAAGAUAUAUGA